GGGUAAUAAAAGACCUGAAGCCCAGAGAAUGAAGAGGUCUGGCUGAAAAGACUGUCACAAGAGAACUCCCCUGGGACUGAAAAAGGUAGUAUGGCUUGCUAUGGGAAAUGUGUUGGAGUGUCCCUGUUUGUCUUGUCCUUGAUCAUUUACAAUGUGCAUUCUUAUCCAGAUGGAGACAUGACACAAGGUUGUCACGAGUGUAAACUCAAACUGAAUAAAUACUUCUCCACGCCAAGGGAUCCGAUUUUCCAGUGUGUGGGCUGCUGCUUUUCAAGAGCUUAUCCCACUCCGUUGCGAUCCAAGAAGACCAUGCUGGUUCCCAAGAACAUUACUUCAGAGGCAACAUGCUGUGUAGCGAAGGAUUUUAAAAGGAUUAACCAGAAGUUGGAGAACCACACAGACUGUCACUGCAGCACCUGCUACUACCAUAAAACCUAAAAAUGUUACCACAAGUAGCUAAUUAUCAGAAUCAAAAACCAUAAAGAGCAAUGUAACCCUUUAUUUAAACUUCUCUGUAUCUAUCUAUCUAUAUAGAGAUCUAUAUAUUCAUCUUUUGUUUAUCAUCUGUGCUACCUAUUUACAGCCUGCACUUGAAACCUAUGUAUCUAUUGAACUUUUCUAUUUUCUGAAAAUGAUACCCCAGAAUAAAUAAAACAUUUGGAGUGGAGCAAUGCAAGCCUCUGUCUAAGGUGUGUGUGU